AUGGUUCACCGUUAUCCAUUUUCUCAGCUUCCCUCCUCUGUCAAUUUCGACGACCUACUAUUGGAGACUAUCACAGCUCGCCUCCUACGUUUAUUGGGUCACGGGAAUUCAACCAAAACUGGGAUUGUCACACUUUUGCUUGAUCAGAAGUUCUUGGUCAAUAUUCUGGAAACUCUGGAUUUGCCUCCCUUGUUCAUAUCGUGGAUCACUAUCUGCUUCUCUUCUCCUCAUUAUUCAGUAUCUCUGAACGGAGAGCUAGUGGGAUUUUUUCCGGGGAAGAAAGGGCUGAGACAAGGGGACCCCAUUUCGUCGUCUUUAUUUGUUCUGGCUAUGGACGUUCUGUCAAAGUUAUUAGAUUUGGGAGUGGCUCAGAACAGAUUCUCUCCACUUCCUCUAGCCGUGGAUCCUCUAGUGACUCAUCUAAGCUUUGCAGAUGAUUUAUUAGUCUUCUUUGAUGGGAAGGAAGAGUCUCUAGAUGGAAUUCUCAACAUUUUGAAGGAAUUUGAAAUCGCUUCGGGUCUAGCGUUAAGUCUGAGGAAAGCUUGCUUAUUCCUUGAUGGAGAUAAUGGUCAAGCGUCGGAAGUUUUAGCUCGCAGAUUUGGUCUCAUUAACGGAGCUUUUCCGGUAAGGUAUCUUGGUGUACCUCUUAUGCCUCAUAAGCUGAGACCUCAGGACUAUCAGCCCUUGAUAGACAAAGUCAAAUCGCGUAUUGGUUCCUGGACAGUGAGGAGGUUGUGUUUUGCGGGCAGACUUCAACUAAUUCAUUCGGUUUUAUAUGGAACGGUGAGCUUCUGGAGUUCUAUCUUUCCUCUUCCGAAAACCUGUUUAGAAACCAUUGAAAAGAUCCUAAACGCCUUUCUCUGGAGUGGUGCACCGAACUCGGCAAAAGGAGCCAAAGUUUCUUGGGAAACCGUCUGUUUACCUAAAUCAGCCGGAGGCUUAGGGUUGCGACGAUUAGCGGAUUUGAAUCAAGUCUUUGGGUUGAAACUUAUUUGGGAGUUGGUUGUGGAGAAGGUUGAUGAAACUAAGGAGUCUUGCAAGACAAUAUCUCCAUUGAAAUCUCGGGUCAGGGAAAACUGCCUUUUUCUGGCACGACAACUGGACUUCCCUAGGACCUCUUAUAGAGAUUACGGGUGCAAAUGGUCCGAGAGUUUCUGGUAUCUCUCGAAAUGCAACAGUGAAUCAAGUUGUGAGGAAUGGAUCUUGGUUGUUGCCCCGAGGUAG